UAAAUCCACAGUCACACUGGUUGGCGCGUUUUGUUGUCGCGUUGCCCGUUUUUUGCUUUGCACAGGCCCUGCCUGAUAAAAAUGUUGUAAUAUUACUCUUAUUACAAGCCCAGUGUUUCCUUCGAAAUAGCGAAAGAUGUUGCAACUGCUGCCUGCGUAGAGUACCAAAAGUGACUGUAAAAUGUCCGAGAAGGUGAGCACUUCCUUGGCCUCACAAUUGCAUUCCCAUGCACUGGCCACAACCGAUGGAAGUGGCGCUGUGGCUGCCUGCCACCAUGCCACCACCACCACAAAGGAGGCCCAUGCACCGCUGCAAUUCGAAAUGGAUGCCCCAGCGGCGGCAAUUAGCGCACAGUUAAAUUUCAAAAUAAUGCCAGCGGAUAGUCUGCCCGGUUUGAGCUACCAGGAAAUAUUUGCUUCCAUGAACACAUCACAAAUCAGCAAUGCCUCAACAGAGGCAUCCUCCAGCUGCAGUCCACCGCUGGGACUCGGACUGGGACUGGGACUGGGCUUGGGCGUGCCCAUGGGGCCACCGCCACCAAAGCCCAGUCGUCAGCAUAUGGCUGUGCAACCGUUGACAACAUCUAAAUCCUGUCGCUUUCCCAAGCUGGAGGAGUGCGCACAUUUUCAUUACGAACGCGUGCAACUGGGACCCCUGUCGGUGCAACUGUUGGAUGAUAAAUCCGAGCAUAUGAGCAGCAGUAUAGCCUCCCAAUCGAUUGGCGGUGAUCUGCCGCACAGUUCGCUGAGGAGCUUCUCGCCCGAGAGCUGUUGGUUCAUCAUACGCGUGUGUCCGCAGCGCUGUGAGCCCUUUCUGAUCAAAAGAUCCUUCGAGAAUAUGCAACUGCUCGACGAAAUGCUGCAUCGUUGUGUCUACGAUCGCAAGAUCAGUGGGCUGAGGAACAUGGCCGAGCUGGCCGAGGAGCUGCCGAGUGAAACGGAUGUGGAGUAUGCGGUGGGCAAGUACUUGGAGCGCUUCUCGAAGAUCGCCUCCGAUUCGCUUACCUGCGGCACCAUUCUAACCUGGCUGCAGCUGGACAACAAGGGUCGACGCCUGCCCCUGGCCGACGGGGAGACGCAGCGAACAAUCAACACACCGGCGGUGGGUGCAGCCUAUGGCGUGCGGCGCUACCAGGCGCAGGCCCCGGACGAAAUAAACAUCGAGGUGGGCGAUAUGAUAUCGGUGAUCGAUAUGCCCAGUCCCGCUGAAUCGAUCUGGUGGCGUGGCAAGAAGUCACAUCUGCAAAAGUCCCUCUACGAGGUGGGUUUCUUUCCGCAGUCGUGUGUGGCCACCAUUGGGGAUAAGGUGCCGAGGAAUUUCCCCAUGCCAGCGCCACUGGUGGGCCAUCUGGAUGCCUCACCCACCAAGCCCGUGCUGCGGAAACAUGGCAAGCUGAUAGCCUUCUUUCGAUCGUUUAUACUAUCGCGUCCAUCGCGGCGACGCCUCAAACAGAGCGGCAUUUACCGCGAACGCGUCUUCAAUUGCGAUUUGUCGGAACAUUUGCUGAACAGCGGCCAGGAUAUACCCAUGGUGCUGCGUUCCUGUGCGGAAUUCAUAGAGAAUUAUGGCGUCAUCGAUGGCAUCUAUCGACUGUCGGGCAUUACCUCGAACAUACAGCGUUUGCGACGCGCAUUCGACGAGGAACGCGUGCCAGAUCUGGGCAACCCAGAGAUGAAGCAGGACAUACAUGCCGUCAGUUCGCUGCUGAAAAUGUACUUCCGUGAGCUGCCCAAUCCCUUGUGCACGUACCAGCUGUAUGACAAUUUUGUGGAGGCCAUUCAAGUGAAGGCUGACGAAGCUGAUGAGCGUUUAAGGCUAAUGAAGGAGACGGUACUGAAGCUCCCGCCGCCACACUACAGAACCCUUAAGUAUCUCGCUGAACAUUUGUACAAGGUGUCACAGCAUCACGAACGCACUGGCAUGACGGACAAGAAUUUGGCCAUUGUUUGGGCGCCCAAUUUGCUGCGUUCGCCCGCCCUCGAGUCUGGUGGAGUGGCUGCGCUGCGUGGCGUUGGUGUCCAGGCGGUGGUCACCGAGUACCUGAUACGGAAUUGCCAUAACAUAUUCGAUGCUUUGGAGGAUCAGCGUCACAGUGUGAUGCCCGUGGCAGUGGCUGUGAAUCCUAGCGGUGGUGAGUUGCGCCUGGAGUCCCUCACCGACUGCGAGAGCUUGUUGGUGGAGCAACGAGAACAGGAUCAAUCUUUAGGCAUGGUCGAGCGACCCAAGAGUCUGAGCACGGGCGGAGCAAAGCUCAUCAGCCUGGAGGAGGCCCAGGAGCGGCACUCACGCAUCGAGGGGGGUGAUCUGAAGCAUUCCCUGCCCAUUAGCAUGCUGGCGAGCGGCAGCAACAGCUGCACCACUAACGGUGCUUCCGCUGGGAAUGCGGCCACCAAUAUAGGCUCCUAUAUAGAGGUGGGCGGAGGUCCCUCGAGUCUCCCAGACAAGUACCACACAGUGCUGUCGGCGCCACGCAGCUGGCAGAAGCGCAAACCGGACAAGACACCCUCCUGGAAGUCGAUAUUCACGCGCAGUCAGCGUCAGGGCAAUGUCGAUCCCAGCCACAAGAUCAUCCACGAAACGGCUGGCGGAAAGUUGGAUCCCGUGUCGUCACGCGUCAGCUUUGUGCAGGCCUCGCAUGCGCAUGCCAGCAAAGAGCUGUCGAAGCACGACAAACCCAAGUCCAUAGAACUGCUGGAGACGACACACGAGCGCGAGCCCAAGCCCAUGGAGCUGUGCAUACGCUCCAAUUCCAUAGACAGCCUGCGGACGGUGGGUCACUCUCGCAGCGUCUCCCACGACUCGUACUUUGAUCUGUUGCAAUCGCCACAGCGCGGGCACAUGACCACCUGUCCCUCGCGGGAGCUCUCGGAGCUGGGACUCAAUUUCGAUCGCGAGGAGCCAGAGAUGCGCAUCUUCUCCGAGAGCGAAUCGCUGGUGAGUUCCCCGCGUGUGGGCAAAGAGAAUGUGCCCCCGGCCUCGGGCUGUGCCACUCGCAGAAUUAUGCGCGCCCGUCCCGAGGAGUUUUCCAGUCAGACAAACAGCGUGAAUCCGAGUCCCAAGAAGCAGCCGCGUCUCAAUCUAUUGUCUCCCUCGUCAGCCAAGACUUUGCCUCUUCCAUUGCCAGCAACGGUUAUGGCGGCGGCUUCAGCUGCAGGCACGCAGCACCAUUGUGGCCAUGAGCCAGCGGGUGCGGAGAACUGCUGCAAGCGCUACAAGCUGGAGGAUCAGCUGUGCGAUAUACAAUUCAUUGAUUGCGGCACGCCCGAGCAUGCGCCGACGGUGCAGCAGCAGUUUGCCAGCGUGGAAGUGCAUCCGCCACCAAAGCCCGCCCGUGCGCAUGUGCCAGGAGCCACGUCGCCUGCCUCGGCGCGUUAUAGCUAUCCCUCAGUGCAGUUGGGCGCCAAGCGCAAGGAGCAGCAGGCGGCCAAGGAGAGAUUCAGCUAUCAGGGCACGUUCAUGCAACAAGGCGGCAAGCCAGAGCAGCCACUGCCCCGUGCAGCAGUGCACGCCAGCAGCAGCAACAACACGGUACCCAUGCGCACCAAGCCGCGAGUGGAGCUGCCGCCAGAUGUCACCGAUUCGCAGGGCAAGCUGUCCGUGGCUACACCCACAACGCCACAACGGAGUCCACGCUACAGCCUGCUGCUGUGCGACACAGAGGAAAGCUCCGAGAACAGUUCGGCUGUGACCACACCGCAAUACGACAUGGAGCCACUGAUGCGCACCUCUGCCAUGUCGGGCAUUUCGGGGGUGUCCUCGAAUAUGCAGCAGCAGCUGCUAAUGGGAGGCGGCAGCUCGCAUGAGAGUCUGGGACAGCAUUUUAACAAUCUGCAGGAGAUGGAACCGCGUGAUAUGAAUGCCCUGAAGCGAGAGUUAUCUUUGGAUUUGCAACCGCUGCAGCCACGUCUGCCGCAGCCCACAAAUCGUGCGGCCACAUUGCCAGUGAAGGAUCAACUGCAGGCCGCUGCCUCGCCCAACAAUUCCAAUUUCACGGACAACACUAGUCAGUCGGUCACGCCAAGCGAGUACGGCUACCAGCAUUUGCAGCGGCAUCUCAGCAUGCACUCGCUUCUGGCUACAGAGGAGAGCUCGCCGGUUUACGAGGACUUUGAGCAGACGCCCAGCAAUGGGCUGCACAAGCUGGUGGCUGCCACGAGUCCGAUUAAGUCAACCAUAAGCAUCACAUACAAGUCUCCGGAGAAGGAGAAGCCCCAGCAGAAGCUGCUGGAGACCAACUUUGAUGAGAAUAUAGUGUACGAGCAGGUGAAGCUCUUUCGCAAUUCGGUGACGGAGGUCAAUCAGAUGAUGCUGCGAGAGCAAGAGACGCGGCCACCGUGCCUCAAGCAGAUCGAGGAGGAAGAGCACGAUGUGUGUGCCAGCAAGGCGGCAGAAAUGACGGAACAGCUGCUGCAAUUGGAAAAGGAACAGCAGCAGGAGCAACAGCAACAGCAACAGCAUCAGCAGCACUUGGAGGAGCAACAGGAACUCCUGCCCGAAGAGGAUGAACAGGAUGAAUCGCAGUUGCUGUACGAAAACAUUGAGCUACGAAAACCGAAAACAGUCUACGAGAAUCUACGUGGCGAGGAAAUGAAACUCAAUCUAGAGCCAGACUCAAAAUCCAUCAGCAACAUCAACAGUGAUCGAAUCGAAUUGGAUAGCCUCGACAGUUUGCCCGACAACAUGGAGCAGGAGCAGGAGCAGGAACACGAACUGCACACAGAACUCCAGCUGGCACCGCUAACACUGUCCGUCUCAGUCAGCAAAUCCCCAUCGUUCAGUGUCAAAGAGUUGGCCAAUAAAUUCGAGAGUUCACCCGUCGAACAGCUGCCCAGCUUUGACUUUUCGGUGCGCGGUGGCUCCAUGAAGAAGCCAAAUGAAUUAAGUGUUCCGCUGUCCAUGCCCAAGGCCAUGCCCGCACCUGUGCCGCUCAAGAAGCUGAACAAUGCACAGAAGAUUACUCGUUCGCUGGACGAGAAUGCGUUUGUGCGUGAGUUUGGGGGCAAACAGCUGCAGGACUUAUCGCUGAGCAAGCUGCCUGAGUUGCCAGAGAUGAACAACCGCCGCAAGAGCUUCGAUUUUACGCGUCCCAAGACAUUGAAUCCACCCAAACGGCUGCCGGGCAUGAGCAUCACCGAGGAGAUUUGUCAGAAGCGUGGCGGUGUCGUGGAAUCCGAACCGAUAGCCAUCACUCCCACAACAGAGAAUCGCAUUUCGCUCAUACAGAACAAUGUUCCCAAAGAGCAGGCAACAACAGCGGCUAUUACGCCGUUUCUUCCACCUGUCGGCCGAAAGAGUGUGGUCACUGGCGUGAUACUCGAUCGCGAACGCAUCGAGAAGAUCAAAGAGGAGCGACGGCAGCAGUUGACACAAAAAUACCAUGGCGAUACGUUAAAGUCGCGCUCCAAAACGGAACUAAACUCCACGGACGACAGCAAUUUCCCCGCCACAGAGUCGUUGCGCAUAAAAUCCAAGUCACGCGGCGAUAUGCACUCAUUGCAAAAGGAUAUGGACAUGAAUCUGAAGCAGCUAUCGCGUGUACCAGGCGGUGGCUCUGAGAGCACACUACACACAGUGCCCGGCGAUUAUGUGGCGCAGGACAGAAAUGGACAGCAGCAGCAGCAGGUACAGCUUGGACAACAUGGACAGCAGCGUGUGCGUAGCAUUUCCGAUGAGAAAAAUCAAAAUUGUGAUACCAAUAAUGGAAGUGGAGGUGGCACAACGCUGCUGAGUGUCAAAACGGCUGCCCAGAAGUAUGGCAGCCACAAGGCAACUAUUUCAGCUACAGCACCGAUAGCAUCAUCGUCUGGUGUGGUGCGUGGCCCACCGCCACAGCCACUGCCACGAGAGCGCAUGCCACAAAGGAAUUCGUUGGCAGCCGAGAGCAAUGCAAGCGCCAACAACAGAGAAAAGAUCUCACCACAAUUCUCAAUACGCGAUGUGACAGCGAUGUUUGAAUCUCGUUCACAAAACCAGUAGAACUUAAGGCAACAAAAAAACAACAAAACAACAAAAACUACCAACUAAAUAACAUCGAAAUAAUGAGACAGACAGCUAUACACAACCCUUCUACUAUAUUUAUAUAAUCACAUAUAUAUAUAAUGGAUCCGGCAGCGAUUUAUCUAUAUGCUUGCUAUAUAUUUUAUUUAGUUUUCUAAAACAUGUACGUCUUAAGCAUUGAAUAUUGUCGCUCACUCUCAAAUAACUGGCGCCAGCGGCAAACCCCAAAGACACUUUCAGAUACCAAACUAUAUAAAUGCCGCCUGGGGAGCGGAGAGAUUUGGCUGACAAAAAUAAUAUAUACAAAACAAUAAUGACAACGCCUUGCGCCCUGAAAUCUUAUGCAAAAUUCAAUUUUGUUUUGGAUAAGGCAGAGCAUAAAGAAGGCAGAAAGCGAGAAAGAGUUGAAGUUGAACUAAAAGACCACCCCCCCCUUAAUACCCCUCACAAAAGCUGAUGCAAAUUGUUAAUGCAUUUUAUUCUCGCUCUCGUCCUCCCCAAUCUUUUUUGUAGGCGUUACGUUUCAAUGAAAAGUUAAUUACAUUUUGGUUUUUAUUUGUAUUAUUUGUGAUUUUUGUUUGUUUCUCAAAUGUUUUCAUCUCUUAAUAUAUUAUUUUCUUGUGACGCGUAAGAGUUUUUCUUCUUUAAGCAACUUUGAGCGAGUUGUAGAUAAGUUAAUUAUUAUACGAUUAAACGUUUAAUUUAUAUAUAUACAUAUAUAUCUACUAUAUAUUUUUAAAAGAUAAUAAACUCGAUUGCAUUGUCAGUUUAUGACAUGUCUCCUUUUCGAUCCAUACAUUAUACACUCUGUAAAUACUCUACAUUUGGCUUUGCUUUUAACUUAAAAAAAAAGUCGUAUGCCACAAAACUAGGGAUAUAUCUACAGUACAAGUUGAAAAGUCUGUUGUGUACGCGACUUGAUUGAGUUGUCCGAUAGAGGUAAAUACUCUACCAAUGUAAGUCCUAAAGAUGUAGUAACACUAAAUAACAUACUUACUGGUUGUCUUCAUGAAAAACCAUUUACUGGUAACAGUUCGCUAUGAAAUGAAAAGCUUAAAAUAUUAUAGAAAUGCUGUACAAUAAUGUUUGAUUUUAAUUUUGAUAAAUUCCAAUUUUAUUUUUAAACUUGAAAUCUUAAGCCUAUCUGUUCCGAUAAUCCUAAUAGUACUCGAAAAACAUUGUUGAGUAGUGGCACAUAUAAUUUUCUGAGUUCACAAAUUUCUGAAUAGUUUUUGCUUUGUUUUUAACAUUUUCUGAACUAUCAUUUUUUAUAAACUUGAAAUCGUAAACCGAUCUUUUUUGAGAUUCCUAGUUGUACUACCAAAACAGUGUUGCAUAAAGGCACACAUGUUUGCUGGUGUUCGAAACUUGCUGAAUAUAUUUUAAAAUGGACGUAAGAACUCUAAAUAUAUUAAGAUGCAUUCAUUAAAGGUUUUUUUAUGUUGUUUUUAAGUUUAAACCUUAAGCUGUAUGUGACCCAAUCGAUAUCUACAUUGUUGUUGAGCGCGUACACAGCACAGCAAUGGAUAAGGAACAAGCCCUCAGGCACAUCUUUGACCAAUCAAAAAAAGUGUUUUUUUAAAUCAAACAUAAACUCAUACGAGAGCUAAAGAGUAAAGAGAGAAACUAACUAAAGGAAUUUUAAUGUGGGCUAGUGCUUAGAUUUGACAACUAGAUAAAUUUCAUAUUCACAUACAUACUCGUAAAUUUAAAGGCGGACGGACAAGCAGACAAAAAUCAAAUCAAAUAUACUCGUAUAAAAUUGCAUUUUCAAUUGACUCCAGAAGCAGCUGCCAAAUUUUUUUUUUUAUAUAUUGAUCACCUAAUUCAAACGAAAAGACCAGGAAAAGAAAACGUAAUGGAAAUUAACAGAAUUGUAAUACAAUAACUAAAUAGAAAGCUUUAAAACAUAAGUUAGCAUUUGAUAUAUUUUGAUAAAAAA